AUGCCACGCGGGGUUGGAGCUCGAGGACGCGGAGCCGCACCUCCGCCCAAAGAACCCGCUCAUCCACCAGCACAAUGGCCAGCCAAAAUUAGACACCCCACCCCGAGGCUUCAGGAAGCCUUCGACGCUGUGCACAAAUAUGCAAAAGCACACUCAAAUCCGCGUAACCCGAGGGCAGCCGCGGCAUAUGCUUAUGAUAUUUAUCAGAUUCAGGAAAUUAUUGAUACAGCUAUCUUUGAAAUAGUGCCUGGUGGAGUCAGCGAUCUGACCCUCCACUUGAGAACAACCUUGUUACAAUAUUUAUUGGACUAUUUUAGGACAGAAGACCCGCAUAGGUUCGCGGUAUUUGACUUGCUAUUUUCGAUCGACGAGGAAGUGGAUGAUCUGCAGCGAUUUCGAUUCAGGAAUGAGGAUGAUAAUCAAACGCGGUUUGGCGUCCCACUCGUCAAAACCAUGUACAUACACUAUGCUAAGCAUGUCUCCGAUCAACCACAGGAAAAGUUCUUGCUUGCCCUUAGCGAGUAUUCCGCUGAUUUUUGCGUGAUGUUCUUAACGUACGCUCCUACGUUUGAAGAUUUCACCCAAAGUAACGCGGCUCCACGUCUUGUAAAAGUGUGCGCAAAAUAUUUGAUGUCGCAGCCAAACCAUAUCAGCAGCACAUAUCGAGACAAUGCUGUUUUACGGAAACAUUUUUGUGAAGAAUCAUUCCCAAGAUUGUUGGAAUAUCUUCUGCGCUAUGAAGGUGUUGCCGAUACAGCGAUUAACGAUCUUCAGGAGGGAUUGAUAAAAUUGCUCAAAAAUUGGAAGGACAAAACGGAAUUGCCAGAUUUAUCAAUCCUCGGCGAUGAUACACUACCAAAGACGAGUCGUCGAUGGGAUUAUUACCACCUUGGAAAGCAGACCGGCGUCGUGCAAGCAAAAAUUGGACAAAUUAUGGAGAAUCAAGCUUUC